CCGGUUUGGGCUUUCGAGGUUUUCGCCACGUUCCACUUCGCUUGACAUUUUGCACUUCAUUCAGCAGAGGACACCGCCGACGACCCUUCAGCGGCUGCUUCUAUAACCUAGGAUAACGGGCUCGUUGUAGACCUGGACAGGCUAGCUUGGAAAUACGUGCUACCCUUCAGUCGUGAUCUCGGAAGGAUUUCGUGAGAGUUUCGGCCGAGUCGUAAAGCGACUAUAGCGACCGCAGUUUCGCGAAGCUUGUACUUGACGAGCCCCUGUACUGGAGUGUACUGGAGACUCAUUAUUCUUCCCGCGAAAGCCUCACUGUUUUUGGAACGAAAUUCAGCAUGUUUUCGUAUCGUAUGGGACUCUCAAGCCGGCCCGACGCGGCUAUAAGUCGCCAUGUGGCAACCGCUGUUGGACGGGCGCUGCGAGCAAACGCUGUUAGCAUAGGUCGAACCUCGCCAUUCGCCCGGGAAGCUGCGUUCUAUGCACAGCACCAAACGAGGGGCCCAGCUUCAGUUCGGACGUUUGCGUCGAGUGUCCGAGUCGAAUCGAUACCGCGGGGGGACCGGAGCUCAGCUUCGCAAAUAAGCAGUCUUUUUACUAUACCGACCUCCUUGAGAUUGUUGCGGGAGCCAGAAACGGUGGCUCCCGUUGGUCAGAGUCAGGCCCAUAAACAGGAGACUCCGGUCGAAAAGGCCAUUCGGGAAGCAAAGAGCGAGCAGCUCGCUGCUGCGUCCAAUGCUCUAGGGCCCACCACGGAAGGCGCCGCAGUACCUGUGCAAUCUGCUCCCAAGAAGUCAAUAUCUGUGCGAAUAAAAGAAGAGCUGCUCCAUUACUGGCAUGGAACCAAGCUUCUCGGGACAGAGAUCAAAAUCUCCAGUAGGCUGCUGGUGAAGCUGUUGAAUGGGCAAGGACUGUCCCGGAGAGAGCACAGACAGUUGAAGCGCACGACCAGUGACUUAUUACGACUGGUGCCUUUCAUCAUCAUUCUCCUGAUCCCUUUCAUGGAACUCGCUCUUCCAAUUCUACUGAAGCUAUUCCCCAAUAUGCUGCCCAGUACAUUCGAGAGCAAGUUCCAAGAAGAAGAGAAAAAGAAGAAGAUCUUAAAGAUGAGACUGGAGAUGGCGCGCUUCUUGCAGGACACCGUUGAGGAUGUUACGGUUUCUGGUAGUUCUGCUGCUGCCGCCGCAAAGGAGUUCACUGAGUUCUUCAACAAGUGCCGAACAAGCGCACAACCGGCUUCAUCCGAGGAGAUUUUACGAAUUGCGAAGAAGUUCCCAGACGAGUUGACCCUCAGCAAUCUGUCUCGGCCACAACUCGUCAGCAUGGCCAAGUAUAUGAACAUUCAAGCAUUCGGCACAGACAGCUUCCUUCGCCACCAAAUUCAGCGACGACUCAACUACCUGGAGCAGGACGACCGAGUCAUUAUUGCAGAAGGCGGAGCAGAGAAGUUGUCGCUACCUGAACUGCAGCAAGUCUGCAUCUCUCGCGGUAUCAGGACGACGGGCGUGUCACCUGCUCGCAUGAGGGCAGAGCUAGAACAAUGGCUUGACCUUCACGUCAACCACAACAUCUCCUCGUCUCUCUUAAUCCUCAGCCGCGCUUUCCAACUGAGCGAUCGCAUUCCGACCGAUAAAGAUGCGGCGUUGAAGGGCAACGCGGAAGCUUUGCAGGCUACGUUGUCGUCUUUGCCGCAUCAAGUGGUGAACGAGGCUCAGUUGCAUAUUUCUGAGGCCGAAGGGUCAGCCACGUACAAGCAGAGGCUGAGCGUGUUGCAAGAACAGGAAGAACUGAUACAGGACGAAUUGGAGCAGGAAGCGGCCAUCGCUGAGGCCAAGAAGGCCAAAGAGGAGGAAGAAGCGGCUCUGAAGCGCGCGAAGGAAGAACAAGAGGCUGCUGAGCAGUUGCCUUUGGUCGAGCAAGUUCGCACAAGACAAACGGAACAUCAGGCACAGACCAUCAUUGAGGAGGAGGACGCUCUUCAUAUGACUGACGAGGAACUGACACGGUUGAGUCAAGUACUGAAAGUUAUCACCAAUCCGUCCGCCGUGGAUGACAUCAGAGCUCCCCUUGCACAAUUGAAGGAAGAGCGUAGGGAGUACAAAGAGCAUCUAACGCAACCCUUAAAGGACGUUGAGGAGCUAAAACAGGUGACGCAAAAAGAAACCGCCAAAUCAACUAACGAGAUCGGGGACCGUAUCGACAAAAUGGUCUCCAGGCUCGAAGCCGAUUGUGCCAAAUACGACUUGGAACACGGAUCGAAUCUCAACCUCGUCCGACCCGACUCCCAGGGUAAAAUCACCAUCGCGGAACUGGAACAGGCGAUCCAACUCAUUCGCGACCACCCUGAUGACGAGAGGAUCAAGCGGAUCGUCAUGAAGCUUGACGCGGACGGCGAUGGGGUUGUGGCCAUGAGCGAAAUUUUGUUCUUGGCUGAGGAAGCCGAGAAGGAAGGGCACGGGGAGACGGCAGGCGCUAUUAAGCGGGUUGCCGCCCGUGGGAAGAAGGUUGCGGAAGAGGCUGUAGAGCAGAUUAGGGAGAUUCAGCACAAUGUUGCGGUGGAUGAGUUGGCUGCGAUGCAUGAGGCCACGAAGGUUGAAGAUGAGGAUACCCCGAAGCCUUCGAUUGCCAUUCCUGCUCCCAAGCCGGCCGCGACGUCUGAGAAGACGGGGCCUUGA